AUGCCUACUUCUUUUUCUUUAAUUCCUUCACUCGGCAAAGUAUCUCUCAUAAAUACACCUCUGAAGUUUUUUAUCUUUAAUAAUUUUACAAGUUCUAAGAGAUCUAGAUUUGUUAGUGAUUUCAAAUUUUUUGAAAAUUUCAUUUAUUUAGCAUUAUUUUUAUUCACCGUUCUAGCGCACCUUUUCGACCAUUUCGACCAUCCAUUUCGACCACAUUCUAGAGUACCGAACUUUUCGACCAUUUUACCAUUUUUGAAAAUUGUUGAAAAUGACACAUUUUUGAUGACCAAAGGCAGCUUGGACGAGCACCAUCAGGAACGAUCAGAAUCUCCGCGUAUCUUCGAUGAGCGAUUGGCAAUGGAGCUCCGAAAUCGACUCUACUUCAUACCACGAGCACAGAAGGCUUUUCACGAUCCAGAAGAGCCUUCUAAGGAAACGAGUCAGAAUGAGAUAAACGGCGGAUGCGUAUCACCCAUCUCACCCCGUGCGGCAGUGAUCGUUGUCGAUUGUCAUCACGACUUCGUGAUUCUGUACUCCACUGUCGGCCGCGAUAUCUUCGACGACUAUCCUUUCUCAAGUCGUUCCCCGAGGAACUUCGAGUGGUUUCUCGGCUUCGGUCUGAGCUACAAAAAUCAAGGAGGACGACAAGUAACACAUCGCUCCGGCCGGAUCUGCUCCGUCAUGGACUAUAGAGGGCAAAUGCUGGCAAGUGCUUCCAUCGACGGAGAUUCUGGCGGCCCGUGUUACUCAGAAGACCGAUCUCUGAUCGGGAUCAUGGUGUCGUCGACUACAACAGAUCCUUUGCUCGCGCAUGAAUAUGAUCGUGAAACAAUGGAAGAGGAGCUGCGAGACGCAUCCAGCAGUCCGGCCGAUACCUGGAUAACACCCGGAAACUUGAUAAUAGAAGCAUUCAGUCCUGCGCACGCGAUUUCAGCAAAACUGUGCACGGUUUAUCGUUCUUGCCGAUUUGUUUCUUGCGCUUUCGUUUCUUGCGGAUUUCAAUUCUUGCCGAUUUGUACGAUUCAAGUUUAUACACAAAUCCCAUAA